AACAUGAAUGUUAUCACUCCACCGUUUGCUGAUGGCGUGGAUCCAAAGCCCGUAUGUAUUGUCGCUGAUGACAUUUUCGAGACGAUGACCGCCAGACGAAAAAUCCAUUUUUCAAUUUACGUGAUUUUUAAGAAAAACGUCGAGCUUGCUGAGCCAUUUAAGCUCCUAUACUACACAGAAAAGAAAAAUGUUGCACAUCUUGAUGGAUCCGUUGCACAGGAUUUCGGACUCCCUAUGUGGACAAAAGACGAUGGACAGAGGGCGCCGGACCUUUCUCGACAAAAAAACGACUAUAUAAAACUGGAUUUUUUCACAAAUAUCAAUAAUCCUGAAGAUGGGUUUUCGUAUUGCUGGACGGACUGUAUCUCUACAAAAAACACGACGAUGGUACCAAGACAACUAAUGCCACCAUCGAAACGAUCAAUGAAACUUUACCUGAUUCUCCCGGUGGAAGAGUCAAAUAUCAUGGUGCUAUCUGAGAAGGCAUACGGAUCACUCCAGCUCAUGAAGAAACAUCGGAAAAUGGGCCAGCCACCUCAACGAGUCGGGUGCUACAUUAACUUUAAUUGCCAAACAUCGAAAGUCAUGUUCGGGUGUGGACACGUCUAUUGUGAGCAAUGCUUGAAUUCUUGGAAUGAUAAACCCUGCUCCGUGUGCUUGAAACCGGUAACUAGUGAACCAACUCAGCUCAAACUGCGGCAAGGUCCGUGUCCUUUCGAUUUGUGCAGUCCAAACAGCAGUACUAUGGGAAUCGUUCUAAUUCCAUGCGGAUGUCAUGUGAUGUGCCAAAAUCUGGAGGAUGCGUACGAACGAAACAAACACCACCUUGAACCACUUAUAGAAAAAAUCAAGUAUUGUCCUUUCGAGCCCUGCAGGAUCCGUGUCCGUAAACUCAAAAAGCCCUUCUGGCACCAACAAGACAAAGAGCACACUUUGGAAAUGAACUCGGCCUAAUUUUAUAAAUAAAUCAUGUACUGUAAUUAUUUUAUUAAUUAAUACGACUUUUGGAAUUUCAAAGAAGCUUUUUACCCUUUUUGUCAACACCAGACUACUUUUGUGAUACUUUUUCAUGUAAAAUAACCACCCAAAAAAGUUUUUUCCCAACUCAAAAACCAUCAUUUUCCGAUUUCAACCCACUGCUCCACGUGUCAAGUUUUGUCAAUAAUUGCCUUGUUUUAAUAAUUGUAUUUUCCCCACAAUUUCAAAAUUGCUUUUUCUUCGCCACAAUUCAAUUGGUACUGAUUUUUAAUAAAUGUUUCGGUUAGAAAUUCAU